GCCCAAUGACUGCAACGGGCGAAUGAUCGACCAGCGAGGGUCGCUGAAGAGCUAGAUGAAACGCCGACCCCUAACCGAUAGAGUCCUCCCAUAUCCUGGGUAUGGACCCAUAACUUGAUCAGUCAAACUGAUGGGUUUUGUUAGCUAGUUUCAAUAACUGUGUCGUUAUUGGUAACACGGAUUAAAGCUGUCAACAUGCGUAACAAAACCCGAGUUCGUAGAACAUCGACACCACGAGUGUUAUACUGGGACCAUUUUGAUUCCGUCUGUGGCCACCAGGUGGAGCUUUUUUUUUUUUUUUUUUUUCUAAAUUGAGACAGGGAAACACCAAUAAAUAUGGCGGCUGCGGGCCCCGCCAAGUCCCCAAGUGGACUUAUUGGACAGCGGGAAAAACAGAAAAGCAGGAACGGGGCCAAGGAUGAACAGCCAGAAGAAAAAGAAACUACACGGUUACUAACGUUGGAGGAGGCCAGGUGCCCGGUGUGUCAUGAAAUCUUCCUGGAACCCGUUACUAUGCCUUGCAGACACUCGGUGUGUCUACCCUGUUUUAAGCAAGCAGUACAGUUUACCAGUCUGUGCUGUCCGCUCUGUCGGCUCCGAGUGUCCAGCUGGGCCCGCAGACAGUCCCGGGAGAAGGGCCUGGUAAACACCGAACUUUGGGAUAUGGUCAGACAGAGUUAUCCCGAGAAAUGCAAACGGAGAAUGGAGCGACAAGAGGGAGAAGAAAAAAUAUUCUGUUCCCCUGCCCACAUUUGUAAACCAGGAGACAUCCGACAGGACUAUGAACUGCAAAAGAAUAAGGUGGUAGUGAAAGAGGAGAAGAAGAGAACACAGCCUCACCAGAAAAUGGAGGAAUGUGGAAUACCAAAGCACUUUCAAAACUCUAUCUUUGGGGUGUUAUCCGAUCUGGAGAACGAAGAGCCGGCCGGAAGGAGGAGCAGGCACGUGUCUGCGUUCGUACGCAAAACCAGGAGCUCUCCAGCCUCCAGCCGAAUCAGUCUGCAGAACAGGGUGGUGCAGCGGAGCAGAAGCUGUACCGACGGUGAGGAGGGCCGGGCGAAGGACGGCUGCCCGCCACGGCUGUCUGCUAUGGCAGAGGCUUCCAUUGCCUACAGCUACAACGCGGGGAUCCUGCUGUCGACGGAGAACAGCCGGUCCCUCUCCGCCCCGGCCCUCGCCUCCGAGAGGAGGCUUCCCUGGCGGGGCAUCGCCGUGGCGACCGCCUCCAAACCGGAGCGGUCCAUCAGCCCCGAGAGCAACGACAGCAUCUCGGAGGAGCUGAACCACUUCAAGCCCAUCGUGUGCUCCCCCUGCACCCCGCCCAAGCGGCUGCCGGACGGGCGCUUCCUGCAGCCCACCGUGGUCAAGUCCACCCCGCGGAACCUGAGCCGCGGCCUGCACAAGCCCACCAGCUACGAGGCCAGCCCCACCAUCCUGCAGAAGUGGAGGCAGAUCGAGACGGACCGGCAGCUCAGCAGGGUGUCCUCCCGAGGAACCGGCACCAGCCCCGCCCUCCAAGACUCCGCCCCCAGGCGGAGCCCCGCGGAGAGGGGCAGGAGGAGGCCGGACGCCUCGGGACGGGGCGCGCUGAAGGAGCGGGACACGGGCAAGGUGUGCAAUAAGAGGAGGCUGAUAUUCGAGCGUCCCGCCGGGGAACAGAGCCCCCCUGUGAAACGCCUGGCCAAGGCCCGGACCCCGCCCGCGGCCCGGCCCGCCCUGCGGAGGGGCGCCGGCUCCUGCGAGGAGUCGGAGGAGCAGGAGGCGGCGGACGGCGAGCGCGUGGGGGCGCGGGACGGGCCCAUCCUGCUCCUGUACAGCAAGCGCAGCGACCCCAGACCGCCAGAGCCGCCGGAGCAGAGGGUCAACCCCGGCCCCAAAAACAGCCUGAGGGGCACGCCCGCGUCCCGCAGGGGCAGGAAGAGGAACCAGAAGACCAAGCACCUGGAGGCGUCGGGGCGCGCCCGGAGGGUCUGCGACGGCGAGCGGCGGGCGGGGCGGCUGUACGAGCGCUCGCUGCAGCAGGAGCGGCAGGACCGCCAGCUCGCCCUCAAGCUGCAGAGACAGUUCAACAUGGAGGCGGGAAAGAGCAGCCCCGACCGGUACCUGCUGCGGUCCUGGGCCUUCCCCGACGGCCACGCCGAGUACAGCCCGCGCAGGUCCGUCAGGAUCUCCAAGAAGAGCUAGCGCCUCGGCUGCAGCCCGCUUCAGCCUGGACUCCGUCUCGGGUCAGUCAGCCGACCCGUUUCUCCACGCUUCGGCCAUUUUCUCCAGUUUAGGCACUUAAAUUAGUCCUGCGCGAUGAAGAGCUGAAGGUGAAUGAGGAUGGAAACUCCAAUAAGUAUUUCUAUUGCACAGGGGGCAUGUUUUUGUUUUGUUUUUUUUAGUUAUCUAAUUUUUAAAAUGUCAUAAUGACUUUGCCAUUAUAUUGUUUUUGUUUGAAGGUCAUAAACUGAUCUAUUCAGUUGCAAAUACUAGAGAUUGAUCAUGUGUAUUUUAUCAGACGUAACGAGAAGCUUACAUUUACCGUAAAUGCAUUUAACAUCAUCUCAAAAAAGAUUUUUUUUUGUUGAUAAUUUGCAGAAUUAGUUUAAUGUAUGUGGGUGGUAUGGGUUAUUCCUGAAAGAUCUGUUCUAAUCUACAACACACGCAUAUAUUUUGUUUUGUGAACCUUUUUUUAAAAAAAUUUGGGUAACGUACACCAAAAAGACUGAUGCAGACAUUGGAGGUGCCCAGGUACAGGAAGCAGAUGGGACUUAGUAAUAACAGGACAGAUGGGACUUAGUAAUGACAGGAAGCAGAUAGGACUUAGUAAUAACAGGAAGCAGAUGGGACUUAGUAAUGACAGGAAGCAGAUAGGACUUAGUAAUGACAGGAAGCAGAUAGGACUUAGUAAUGACAGGAAGCAGAUGGGACUUAGUAAUGACAGGAAGCAGAUGGGACUUAGUAAUAACAGGACAGAUAGGACUUAGUAAUGACAGGAAGCAGAUGGGACUUAGUAAUAACAGGACAGAUAGGACUUAGUAAUGACAGGACAGAUAGGACUUAGUAACAACAGGACCGCUAACCUGUGUGAAUAAAGGUAGACACCAAAGUGCACAGCGCCUACCAAUAAUGAACAGUGGCUAAGUUGGCUGCCAAUCAUACGGUUGCUAUGGGGAGCAAAGGUUUUGUAUUGGUUCUUACAAGAAAUCAAUUUAGCACAUCUGAAAGCCCUGCCCAUAAUGGGCUUUGAGAAGUCUCACUCUUCCACCACUAGUGUCACCCCUGGCAACAGGCAGCCCUGGUCACAUGGGUAAAAUAACAACACAGUUAACCGCAUCUUCCAAAAGGACAGGACGGGGAAUUUCCAAAAACAUGGGUAUGAAAGUGUACAACAAAGACAUUUUAGCGUAGAGGGUGUGUAUGUAUAAAUGUUAGUGUGUCUAAAAAUGAAUAUUAAUACUUGUGUCAUGGCCUAAUGUUUUUAGUUUUAUGAGGGAGCGAUCUUCUGUACAAACUCACGACCAUGUUUGUAUACCUGUGAUAAAGGGAAUGCAGGUUCACAGGAGCAUUUUCACCCUGUUCACUUGUCCAGAUUGAAUAUAAGUCUCACAAGUUUAAUGUUCUACUGCACACGUCUUUUCAGUUUUUAAAAUAAUUUAAUACCCCAAUGUUGUCGCAUUUGAAACAAUUCGUAUUUUUUUUCCCUUCACGUUUUCUUUGGUCUGAUGCACCUUUCAGCUCUGCCACGCCCAAAACUAUUUUGGCCCGUCCUUGUUACUCAUCGGCUCUGAUUCUGGUGACAGACGUUUGGCUCUGUCACCUCUCUCCUUCCUCUCUGCUCGCCUUCCAGUCCUUCCUGCAUUAGACGUGAGGUCACCUCACAGCCCUUUACCUGAAUGGGAAAUUCAGAGGUUAGUGUGUGGAACCACCUUUUAUUUAAAAAAAAAAAACAGUCAUAUUUGCUGAGUUUAUCAGCUUUAUGAUUUCUAAAAUGUACAGUGGGUGAAGUGUUCUUCACGACUGUUGUGGAGGACUACAUAAGCUGGUCUGCGCUCUCUUUGCUUCGUAUUAAAAUUAAUUAUUGACUCAUUGGUAAAAUUAAUUUGAUUACUCCUCUCCGGUGGUAAAAUGAUUGAGGUAAAAAGAGAAUCAGCAUUAUAGUUCUUCGUAAAAUGCAAGGCUGUUACUUAGUUUCUAAAUGCAUGAAUUACUGAUGGAUCACUGUGACUUGACACAGAUGAGCUGUUUAGAUUCUAACAUCGCCCUGUAAAUCGCUACGAAGUCAUUUCAACAUUCACAUGUAGGUAUUUAUUAGAUGCGUAUCCAAAUAGGAACGGACUAUCUUUACACAUUAUUUGAAUGGAACUGUCAACGAAGUACGGAACGGUGUCUGUUUACUCCCAAGAAUGAGUAUAUUGUAUGAGUAUUGUUAUUUUUGUCACAGUUUGAGUUCGUGUUCAGUGGUUGAAAAAUGAUGUGUGUUUUCAA